GCCGAGAAAGAGUCGGAUCAUCGAGAUACCACGAACAAUCUCAAGCAUCAUAACGAAGCGCUUGCGGCGCAGAUUACGAGUUACGAGUCCCGAAUCGUGGAACUUGAGGUCGCGAAAUCAAAUACUCAGCCAUUUGCCAAUUCGAGAAAGGUCUCGGACGACUCGAUCCAGUCCGCGUGGGCAAGACUGAAAUACACCAUCAAUAACAUUGCUUCCAACAUUCUCAUUGCCUGCCCUACGCAGGAAGAUCUCGAGGACACACGCGGCAUUGAUAAUUCCUGCGUCCUUAGUUCUAUCCACCCCGAACAUAUCAAACAGCUACAGGAUGAGGACAUGCGGCCUUUCGUUAUCCAACAUUACAUCUGGAAAGCCGUCAUUGGAAGAGUCUUUGAGCCUGGCCCGCGCGGCCACUUUGGAAAGAGCUGGGGCGGCACCGUCGGAAUGUGCUUCAUGACUUGCUUCAAAAGAUUUCUGAUGGUAUGCCGCGAGAAGGGAAGAGAACCUAAUGACCUUCUACAUUGGGAAGCCGAGACCGGACAAAUGAUCGAGCAGAUGAUUGGCGUCGAUGAAACAGAGUUGCUAGAAGUCAUCUCCAAAGAGUUCACGGCCUUCUCCAAAUUCAUUCCCAAGGCCAGCUCCAACUACCAAGCCAAGUGUGAAAAGCUUCGCAAAGGGCUCCGCAAGAUAUUCGACGAAGCUUUGCAGCUCCAUGCU